CUCCCAUUGAAGCCUCCUACGACAUACAAAAUAGAUGCAGAUUCUGUAGCUUCUACUGCGGUGCACAGUCGUUUCCGAAAAUGGUGGAGACAGCCCCUCAAUUACUGGAAUGCUGGAAAGCAAUCGUCUUCUCUACCCGAGAAUUUCUGAAAUCAAGCCGAGCUCUGACCAGACAGGAAACAUAGGCGCGAACCAAGGCCAGAGUCCUGCACAGGAUAUUCUGGACGAGUUCAAUCGCUAUGUCAUGAAUGAUAUUCCAAUUCGUCUGAUCUACCUUCCAACAAUGGAACUUGUCGGACGGAACUUCGUGAAGAAUCAUUUCCAGGAUCACAUCAAGGAGAUUACUGAAGAUUUGAUAGCUGAAGCUCAAGCACGCUUCGUGCCGCCGUUGGCAAGAGAAAAGGUCAUCCCGACUCUUGUCCGCCGCAAAGUCGAAUAUGCUAUUUUCUCUCAUCGGUGGCUAGAUACAGGAGAACCUUCGUACCAAGACAUGAUGGAGAAGAAGCUGUCUGACCCCUCGAAUGCCAGACAUUCAUUGUUCGACAUAAAGUCUCGGCCGAAGUGUGGCCGUCAUGCAUCAUUCAUUUCACGCAGUGCCAGCGAGAACAAAGCGCGGAGCCCUGGCUACGAGAAAUUGCAAAAGUGCUGCGAAGAAGCUAGACGUCUUGACCUACAAUUUCUAUGGUCGGACACGUGCUGCAUCGACAAGAAUAGCAGCGCAGAGCUUGACGAGUCGAUCCGGUCGAUGUUUCGGUGGUACCAGAAUUCGUCCAUCUGCAUCGCGUACCUUGGGGGGUCAACUGUUAUUGAAGACCUGAGGUUGGAAGAGUGGUUUAUGAGAGGAUGGACGUUACAAGAACUUCUGGCGCCCAGGAAGAUAAAAUUCUUCAACAAGAAUUGGCAACCGCUGACUGAUCAAGACGACGAUAAGGAAGAGGAUACCCCCCUCAUGACAGUUUUGCAAGAAGUUACCGGAAUUCCUGAAUCAGAACUCAUCGAUUUCGAGCCUGUUCCUCGCUAUAUUGAUAAGCGGAUGACAUGGGCUGCCCAGCGAAGAACUACGCGGGCAGAGGAUGUCGCGUAUUCGCUCAUGGGGAUGUUUGACGUCAGCCUACAAAUCGCAUAUGGAGAAGGUGGAGAGCGUGCAUUUGGGAGGCUUAUUGAAGCCAUCAUGCAAGCUGGCGGAGAUUCAUCAGUGCUCAACUGGGCAGGAAAGCCAGCCAAGCAUCAUGCGUCGUUUGCCCUUCCCGCAUCGCCAGCGAGCUUUGUGGGACAUCCCGACAUCGUCACGAUAGGUCGACUUGACAUGAUGCUGACCAGCAGGGGAUUGCGUAUUGCGUUGGUCAUUCUAUCGCUUGAAAUGGCCAAACCCGAAUUUGAUGGCCGGCCCAUCAUAAAUCCCAAAUUUCACUGCCCAAACCUCGGGAUUGGGGAGGUCAAGAUCGACUCAAGAGGUUACGAGUUCAAACCACUAUUCAGACAGUAUGCGCUAGGCAUAUUCCACUAUAUUCCUGCAGAAGAGUCGGUAAACCCGGGUCUUCCUAAACAAGUGGCAGCUUAUCUGCUGGAGAGAAAUGAGGUGGAGCCAGAGGACACUCCCUUGCUUGGACUAUUGCGACAGUAUCGCUCUUUCGAGGAUGGGUGGAGAAGGGUGCCCACCGGAUUUAUCUAUGUGGAACUUCCCGGUGUACCAGAUUUUGCUUCUUUGUGGUACGUUGAUCGCAGCUGUCUGGAAACUGUCUACUUGUAGGCACUUUCACUGCAAUGGAAGGAUUAUAUCCAGCUUAAGCUUAGCUAUAUAUAUGUGUGGUACUGUGGCCUGAAUCCCUUUCAUAAUUACUAGCUAUUUCAUGUGGUGUUGGCGAGGUGCCCUGUUGCGCCCGUGGGUAUUAUGUUUGACCGUUUUUUAA